AUGGCGAGCCGCAAAGUGCGUCUCAAGAUCGACGCGGGCGACGACCUCGCGGACCACAAACAAGCUGAGCCCAACCUUAAACCGGUGAUCACACGGCCGCGCCCGCCGGCCGACGCGCUGCCGCUGCCGCCCGACGCGCCAAGCGCGCCGAGCGCGCCGCGCGCCCUGCCGCCCGUCCGCGCACCGCUCGGGAAGCCGGUGCGCCCACCGCCGAUUCAGAAGCCGGUGCUGCCGCCGCCCGCACCCGAAGUGCGGCGGUCGCCCGUGUCGCCGCUCGCGGACGCGCUGCGCAACGUCUGGAGCGUCGUCGUCGACACGCCGCGGUCGCUCCUGCGGCGGGCCGCGGCGCGGCGCAGCGGGACGGCCGCGAGCUGGACCGAGCCGGCCCGCGGCGAUGCUCUGCCCGAGUUCACGGCCGACGUCACGUCGACGUCGGUGCCGGCGCCGCUGGCGCGGCCGAAGGCGCGGCGGACGCGCCCCCGACCCGUGCGCAAGGCGCCGCCGAACCCUGCCGCGGCCGCGCCGGUGCUUUCGGCGUCGGUCGAGGCCGCGGCGGCCGACGCCGCGGCGACGCCGCCCGCGGCGACACCGCCCGCGUCCGCGCCGCGCCGCGGCUUCGCGGGCCGCUUCCAGGAGUUCCUGCAGCGGAGGGCGUCGCCCGUGAAAUCACCGGGCAACGUGCCGCCGUCGCCCAUCUUCGCCUGGAUCCCCCGGUUCACGCGGUACUCGCGGCGCUACGACGCGGACGGCCCCGCCGCCCCCGACGCGGACGCGGAGGAGGUCAAGGAGGAGAGAAGUGAAUAGCGCGCGUGUCACGGUUCAAGUUUGUAAGCAUUGUUUGGUG